UGAUCUUGGGGGGAGGGGGAGCGCAGAGGCGCAUGCGCAAAGGUAUUUGUGCACCGCGCAAGAUGGCGGCCCCCAGUCAAGCCAUGUUGCUGUGUGGGAACAUGGCCUCUUUAGCCGCCCGUGUGGCUUUUAAUAGGUCUUGUGGGCUACGGCAUAUACCCACAACUUCCCUCCUGCUGCCCGAGCAAUUGGCCUUUCGUACAUAUUGCACAGAGGUCAACCAAGAAGAACCCAAAAAGCCAGAUGGUCGUGAGGUAGAUUCACGUUACAAAGAAAUGCCAUGGAAAUACUUGGAGAGUGAAGAAUACAUAACUAAAUAUGGCAACAAUCCCGUCUGGUUUGGAUACAGGCGUAAUUUCAAGGGUCAGGUUCCACCACAGAGAACUCGGAAGAUGUGCAUUCGAGAGCGAGUAGAGCCCUAUCAGUUGGCAAUCGACCGCCCAUCAGAAAAACUUCUGUGCUUCCUUCGUAAACACUAUAGCCUCAGUGACGUAAUCCCCCAGGUGAAUAAUUUUGUAAUUUUCCAGGGCUUUUUCAGCCACCAGCAUGCUCCAGCAAGAAAGCUGCCCCCAAAGCGCUCUGAGGGAGACAUAAAACCGUAUUCGCUGUCAGAUCGAGAAUUCUUGAAGGAAGAGACUGAGCCACCUUGGCCUUUCAACCAGUCUCGGGCACUGACCCGCUCAAGCAGUGUGGGGAAUUCUCCAGUGCGAGGCUGCCUCAAACCUUUUCUCAACGAGCAAGAGUUGCUGAAGAACUUGCGUCUCUGUCCCCCACACGCAGCUGCUCAACAUCUGAUCAAUGGUGAUCCGGGCAACUUGCUUUCACAGAGGCGGAGAACCAGGGGGAGCUCUGAAAAGGACAGCCUGAUAGCUAAAAAGUGGUCCUACAGCCGCUUCAAGAACUCUGCUGAAAGUGCAGAAGAGCCUGAGAACAGACCAGGGGAUAUAAAGGAUAACUCUGAUUCACCAAAAGCAACUCAGAAAUCAGACAGCAAACUUAAAGGCACUGUUCUGAGCCAUCCCCAUGAUCUAGAACCAAUGAUCAUUAGGCAGAUGGAAGAGACAGCCCAAGUUCCUGAAGAAUGUUCACCUCCCAUGAUGGAUGCUCAAGAUCUCGAUGAACCAGCCUUUGGGGAAAAGACAAAGAACUCCAAUGCUUUAACAGUCCCCUACAAGAAUGCCAUUGGCAAAAGUAAGCAUCAUGUUCCCUGGAUUCCUCUGAAGCAGAAUAAGGGGCUGUACAAUCUGGCUCCAAACUCAUGUCAGAGGAAGCCACUGUGGAUAGUAGCAGGAAGUCCUUAUGAAGCCAAGUGGAUCCACCACAAGUAUCUGUAUUGCAAUACUAGACCUUGGUAAAGGAAAUGAGUCAAAAUCAUGGCUGUUGAAUUAACAGAUAAUGUUGUCUAUAGGAAGUAGGAGAACAUUGCCAACAGCCUAUUUAAAGUAUUAAUUAUUGAAGUAUUCAUAUUCUCCGUUAUUAGAUCUGA